AUGAAAAGAGCUGUGGCUCCUCUGUGCCAUUGUCAACUCGCUUUUGCGAUUGCCCCGUGCUGCGCCAACGACACCAGCAAAAACCAAGCACAGCAUUUGCGCCAGCGCUCGUGUGGCUACGACAGCCCGCCUGGCUGUGUCCGGGGCGGCAGUGUGGUCUGGGCAAGGCCCUCAUGUGGCGAUUCGUUGCCCACUGAAGUUGCUGUUGUCACUUCGGUGGUUCCAGGGACUGAACGCUCUCGUCUUGUCUUCAGUGUGUUGUUUGCUGAGUACGGCCAUCGGGAAAUUACCAGCAAGCGAACGCACGUUGGUGAAGGACGCGAGACAGCUCUCCGACGCACAUCGUCGGUGAUUGGCAGAUUCAACGCUGCAGUUUGGGCAUCGCCUAUUUGA